UUGUGAGAGUGAGUGUAUGAGCUGUGGGCAAUGUUGACUUCUUCCAAGUGUGGUUUUCUUGGCGAUUGGUUGUGUGUCCGAGUGUGAUGGUGUCUGUGCUGUUUGGGCGUGUAGAUUUGGACUCAUCAAGGCCCAUCUGCGUUUUAAUCGUUGUGUAUAGUUGUGCUCGUUCGCCUUCUCGACAUGGGUCUGGUUCUGUGUGUUGGGUUGUGUGGCCUUUGCGAUUGGGUUUGGGUGACUUUGUUGUGUCGGGCGUGUGCGAUCCUGACUCCGCUGGGUUAUGUGUUCAUGAACGAUUUCGCUUGACUGAUUUCGUUGUGUCGUGUCGGACAAUGCGCGAGCCUGACCAUGUCCGCUUGUGGGGCAAUGUUGGGUUCUCUUUACUCGGCUUCCCUUCUCCGGGGCUGGACGGCGUGUGGUCCCGUCUUGCUGGGUUGUGUGCCUGUGUGCUUGUGUCCAUGAGAAUCGCGUUUGCACAUCGCUGGGGGAUGGAGGGGGAGGGCGAGCAAGAGAUGGAGGCGCAAGUCGAGGCGGCGGCAUGGGGGCGGGGAGAAGGAUUUCACGUUUUAUUCCAUAUUAUGAUAUAUUCGGAAACCAGUGUCGGCUUGGAGGGGCAGACGGAGCCCGGUCGGCGGCCGCUCUGUCCGGAGGCCAGUCUGUGCCUCGGUGUUUGAGGGGUUUGUCAGUGAGUGGGAGGUUCUUCAGGCUUGAAGCUGAGCAGCGCCCGCCGAGGCCCGCGCCUUCAAGCCGGUAGCCACCGGCUUCGUUCCCGACGCACUCAGGCUUCGUCCAUUUCUGGUCAGUUUCGCGGUGCGGCCUCGGGGUCUGUGGGCGAGGCCCGGAAAAGACAAUGGGCGCAUUCUCCAGGCCUCGCGCCUCGGGUGGGGACCCUCGGGAUCAUCUCCAAGAAACAGUUUUCCACCCCUUCCCCGGGUGAGCGACAUUCCCGCGUGGGUCGGGUACCCGUCGCAUUGGUGGCUGGGGCCGGGCUCCAUGGAGAGACCGUCAGUGCCGCCCUAGCUCCAGGAGAAAGGAUUUUGUUUUGCCAGUUAUUGUAGUUGCUAAUGUCAUCAUCUACAUCAUUAUCAUCAUCGUAUUUUAAUUAAAAUAAUCGUCCAGGAGCAAGCGGCUUGUCCCUUUCAGCUUCUUUGGAGCGAUAACAAAGCAGCGCGGUUUCCCCCACCAGCUCUGUUUUGUAAGUUGCUGCAUUUGGGGUUAGGGAGAGAAGAUGGAGAGAGGGACAGACACAGAGAGUCGGUCAUAAAGCACAAAUUAACCCCGACCUCGGACACCAGGAGGGAGUGGAUUCCCCCUUCCUCCCACCGCGCCCCCCUAUUUGGAUCAGAAGAGGAGAAAGAAAAUCUCCCGCGUUGGGUUCAAAGCGCAGGGAAGAAUUAUUCUUGUAUUUCCACCAAAGCUGGGGCAAAAAUAAGGAGGUCUUUGCAUUUAAUCCAAGACUUCCAUGUGUGAUCAUAAACUGGACGAUUUAGGGAAAACACAUUGAACAAAACCCUCCGGAGGGGGAAAAAAGCGAUCUAAAUCUCGCUACCGCUACACCCUGGGAAGCAGCGUUGGAUUUGCACACCCCCCCCCCCCCCCCCCCCCCCCCCCCGCGCUUUGCCUUGUUUACUGCUGUAAGGAAUUGUUAGAAUUCUCCCCUCCUCUGCCGGUCCGAACGCUGAAAAAUCGAAAAUCCGAAAAAUCGAAAAUCGUUGCGUAGGAAUGGUUGAGGGGCCGGCGCGGGGUUCUUUCUUUUUUCUUUUUCUUCAUCAGUAGGAAGAAAAGAAGGGACCCGGAUAGAUCAGAUAUCCCGCCCCCUCCUCCCCAUCCUCUCGGUUCGCACCCUUCCGACUCCAUUCCUGUGGGAAAGGAGCCUUUGGAACUGGGCUCUGGUUUCACUUUGGGCUGGAGGUGGGCAGGUGGGGGACAUGGAGAGAAUGGAGGCCUCGGAGGUUCAGCCCCACCGACCACGGUCUGAGAGCUGAUUCCCCCUUUCCGAUACACAUCUAUCCCCGCCCCUCUGCCACCCAGACACCCAUGCCAGGCUGCGGACGACUCCGCACUGUAGCCGCAGCUCCCGCCUGACCCGGGUUCCUGAGCCAACCGCGUAGACACGGCAGUGCUUAGAAAACAAACCCGGCCACACUGAACUAGACAUCCCGGUUGGAGGGUCCAAAAUGUUCCGGGCGGUCUGCGGCGGGGUUGUUGUUGUUGGAUUAAAUAGUUAGUCCUGAUUGGUCAGGUGUAGGGUUCUUUUUUAUGGGGGUGGGGGAGGCUUCAAACACCUGCAGGUUGGGGGCGGAAAGCUGCGCGCGAUUCCCUGGGCCGGUUGGCGAGGACGUGAGGAUGACGGAGCGGCCGCCCAGCGAGGCGGCACACAGUGACCCCCCGCUAGAGGGACGGGACGCGGCCGAGCCCCGCAUGGCCCCCCCGCACCUGGUCCUACUGAACGGCGUCGCCAAGGAGACGAGCCGCGCGGCCCCGGCGGAGCCCCCGGUCAUCGAGCUGGGCGCGCGCGGCGGCCCGGCCAGCGGCCCCGCCAGUGGGGGCGGCGCCGCGCGGGACUUAAAGGGCCGCGACGCGGCAGCGGCCGAAGCGCGCCAUCGGGUGCCCACCACCGAGCUGUGCAGACCUCCGGGGCCCGCCCCGGCGCCCGCGCCCGCCUCGGCCCCCGCGGAGCUGCCCGGCGACGGCCGCAUGGUGCAACUGAGCCCUCCCGCGCUGGCGGCCCCCGCCGCCCCCGGCCGCGCGCUGCUCUACAGCCUCAGCCAGCCGCUGGCCUCGCUCGGCAGUGGGUUCUUUGGUGAGCCGGAUGCCUUCCCUAUGUUCGCCACCAACAACCGAGUGAAGAGGAGACCCUCCCCCUAUGAGAUGGAGAUUACUGAGGGUCCCCACACCAAAGUUGUGCGGCGCAUUUUCACCAACAGCAGGGAGCGAUGGCGGCAGCAGAAUGUGAAUGGGGCCUUCGCUGAGCUCCGCAAGCUGAUCCCCACGCAUCCCCCGGACAAGAAGCUCAGCAAGAAUGAGAUCCUCCGCCUGGCCAUGAAGUACAUCAACUUCCUGGCCAAGCUGCUCAACGACCAGGAGGAGGAGGGCACCCAGCGGGCCAAGCCUGGCAAGGACCCUGUGGUGGGGGCUGGUGGAGGGGGUGGGGGAGGAGGGGGUGGUGCGCCUCCAGACGACCUCCUGCAGGAUGUGCUCUCCCCCAACUCCAGCUGCGGCAGCUCCCUGGAUGGGGCAGCCAGCCCGGACAGCUACACGGAAGAGCCAGCACCCAAGCACACGGCCCGCAGCCUCCAUCCCACCAUGUUACCUGCCACGGAUGGAGCUGGCCCUCGGUGAUGGGUCUGGGGCCACCCAGGACCAGCCGGGAGGGUGCCCUCAGGCCGCUGGGACUGAGGGCUUCAGGGCAGGUGGGGUGAGGACUGGGCAGCUCUGAAGCAGGGCGAAGGACCUCAUGAGCUUUCCUUGAUGUCUGAACUUUGGGCAGCCCUGACUGCCCCUGGGGCUGACUUUCCCGUUUCCUGCCUCAGUAGGAGAACAGAAAAAUGGAGCAAAGUGGUAGGUACUUUUUAUGAAGACGGCACGGUCUUCCCCCUUCCCCAAACCCCGAAGACUUCUCAUGCGAGAGGCUCGAGUGGCGCUGCUUUUGGCCUGGAGCUUGUGAGCCCCGUUUUUGCUGAGACCCAUGUUGUCAGCUCUCACCUGAGGCGUCCAGCAGCCUCUGCCUUGCCGUUAGCCCCUCCCAAGCUGGCUGGGGUGGCUUUUGUGGCCACUCUGUCCGAAUAUAUAGGUACCCAAUAGCUGCCCACUUCUUGAGCCCCAUCUUCACCCAGGCCCGUGUUGGUCCAUUCGGCUUGCCGGCUGCUGCAGACAGUCUGGAGCUUUGAGGUGCCUUCUUCAGGGCCUGGUUGAAGAAGAUGGCCAGCACACAGCCCGCUCUCGACUAGAGGGGCCGGAGAGGGUCAGAAAAGUCAGGAGCCCGCCCUUCUUGCCCUGGGGAUCAGAACUCUGCUUUCUUCCCAUGGAGUCUUGCCUUCCUGAUCCUCGUGGCUGCGGGGACCGAGUUGGCAGCUGUGAGCGUGUGCCCUGUUGGCCUUUGUGCGAAGGCAGAGAAAGGGGAAAAUGGGGAGAAGUGGAGGCAAAGCUCUCUGGGGCAUGUGGCUGCAGUCUUGGUGGUGUCUCAGAGCUACCUGCCUGUGACUCAGCUACACACCGCGGUCCGUGCAGUGAGAGGAUGCCUGGGUGCCGAUGCGUGGUGCUGAGAGAUGCUGCCCCAUCAGGGCUUUCUCCUGGAUGCUGGGAGGGACCUCCCUGCCGCAGGAUGUCUGUUUGCUGAUGGUCUGGUCUGUGUUCUGGCGAGUGCAGACUCUGUCCUGGCAUUUGGGAUUUUUUCCUGGCAUUUGGGAUUUUUGCUUGAUUUCAGUUCUUGGUGGGAUCUUUAGGUCCCGAUAUGGCCCAGGAUCCAUCCCCACGUCUAGGGCAUGGGGAACCCAAUCAGAGACCAGUCCCUGGCUGAGAGCCAAACGUGCAGAAUCUUAAACACCUCUCAAUUGUGCAGCUUUCGGUCCUCAAGUGUGUGUAUGGGAGGCUGGCUUAAUGCAAUAGGAGUGCCCCCCCCGUCCAAAAGUUGUACAUGGAACUUUUGUAAAUUGAGUCCUUAUCCUUCAUCUUUUAAAGACAUACUGCCGCAAGUCCUUUUAUAAAGUGAAGAAGCCUUUUGUGGAGUGGACUGCUGCCCCCUCGUUGAUCUGUGUCAAUCCAGAUGGUGGGACGUGGUUUUCCUGGGGCUCGGCCUGCCUGGGACCUGCAUCCCAAGCCCAUGGGACAAGUGCACACGAGUCCUGUAUAUGCCGUUGGACUGCCCUCAAGUCACGCCAGCCGUCUCCCACCAGGCUCUGCCCUCGAGGUCAGAGGGAGAAUGACCCCCAUGGCACUGCCCUGUCCCUAGCGAUGUGGAAGAAACAGUGGCUUACCCUGGCCGUGAUGGCACCUUGAGUGCAGUGGCCGUAGGCAGACGGAAUGAUCCCUGCUCCCCUCCUCUUCUUUUUAAGUUCUGGGCCCAGUUCGUGGGGAUGGGAGCAACCUGGUUAGCCCUGUAGCACUCUGACUCUCCGCCCCACUUCAGCCCCCCAAAAUCUUAUUUUGAUGAACAUUAGGGUUGGUUUAUUUCCAAUACUGGGAAGCUCCUGUGAGGAAUCCCUCUGUCUAAGGAUGGAGCACUUGUCCUAGGUCCUAAGGCUGUGUUUGCUUCCUGGUGGAUUCAGUUGACUUGGGAGUGACAGGUGGCCUCAGUGUAGAUGGUGGAUGGGUUUUAGGAGAUGGAUCACACAUUCAAUCAGAAACUCAAGCUUUGGGCUCCCUCUUCUCUCAGACUUGCAGUGUGACCUGGAUAGGUUCUCUCUCUGAGUGUCGGUUUCUCAUAAUACCCUGGCUUGGCCUGUCUCUUGGGCUGUGGUGUGAGCUGAAUGGAAUCGUAAAGGUAGAACCGUUUGGAGACCAUAAAGAACUCUGUUGCCCUCAGUAUGGAUCCUGCAGUGGGGUUUCCCACCCUGAGUCCCGGACCUGGGCAGUGGGCCAGUCUGCCUGACUGCACAGCAUUUGGGUAGUUUAGGUUCUGAACCACUUUUGUCUGAGUUAUCUAGAUUGGCCUCAUUUCUCCAGAUUGACCUCAUUUCUGUUUCAUUCCAAGACAAGGCACAGGAGUGAGAAUGGAAAAGAGAGAUGGGAAUGUGGGCAGAAUAUGUAAAUGUAAGAAAACCACCUGAAACGGGCCUGGGUAGGGUUGGGCAAGGCUUCAGGUCUUUGUAAGAACUAGAGAAGGUCCAUAAUUUUUGUUUCCAUUUCUAACAACCCCUCUCCCCUAUAUCCUUCUCUGUCCUCUGCGUCCUCCUCACCCAUGAAGAAAUGUCCACAUUCCGAGAAUAACAUCUGUAUAAAAGGGAAAAAAUAUAAAAAAAAAUGAGAACAAAGAUGACUAUAAUGACUGGAGGGAAUCCCAUCUUUUAAGAAAAAUUCAUUCUCUUUUAUUUGUAGUGUGGGAAAUGACAAGAUGGUACAACCUUUAUCCUUUUCCAAAAACAAAACCAAGGGCACAGCAUCUGUAGUCAGCCGACAGCUAUUUCGCCUUUGGGGGGUCUAGUCGUACUUGUGGUUUCAAUGGUACGUGGCCCCCUGCCCGAGGCUUGCCCCCUGCCCGUGUACAUAGCGCGUUGUUCCUGUGGGCGGGCCCAGCACUUUCCGUCAAUGUUGUACUGUACGUGAUGAAUUGCGUUGGUCUCUGCGUUUUUCUGCAGAAGAGGAGUAACCGCUCCAGGUACCUUGACCUUUGUCCAGCCCAGAGGCCAACACUGUGGGCGUGUGACUCUUUAGCAACAAAAUCCAUGUGGUGAUGAUGUGUGUGUAUAUAUAUAAGGAUAUAUUGGGAAGAUUUCUAAAUAAAAGUUUUACAAAGGGGCCUGGACUCUGUGCUGGCAUGUUGCACCCCUAGAACUGAGAGUUGGGACAUUAAAAGGAAAGGUGUGUAAGAACCUGCCUUCCCUGAAAUGGGGGGGGCCUCCAGGACUCAGCUGUCCUCAGAGUGAGGGCCCCCUGCCCUGCGGCUCCCCGCUCGGGCUCUCCAUUCUUCCCCCUCUGCCAGGCCGCACAGGGGGGGCCUCUUCUCAGCAUUGUGCACCCACGCUUUCAGCUCAGGGCCACCCCGCGGGUGGUCCUCUCUGUGUGUGGGGUUUGGCUCCCAUGGCUGGGGCAGGUGCUUUUCUCGUAGGUUCUGGACAGAUUAAGGUCUCGCCAGAGGAGGGUCGCAGGUUCACGGAUGACUCAGUGGCUCUUGAGGA